AUGCAGUAUCAUCGAAUCGCCCAGGCCGGGCUGGACGGGGCCAAACUCGUCGCCAAAUACCCCGGGACCUAUGUCGAUGCUGCCUGGGCCGCUGUGCGCAAGUUCUGCUUUGCGGUCAUCUUUCUCGCUCUGAUCACGGCCAAGAUGACCCAUAUUUACGCUCAUAUCACUUCCCUGUCGGUUUCUGUGUUGCUCGUUUGGGGCAUCACCUUUUUUCUGCAGGAUAUCGUCAUCAUCUUCCUCGUGAGGGGGCUGACGGCCGAGUUCCAAUGGAAGACGGUUCGCAUUGCUGCGGCUGUUGUCACUAUUAUUUGCACACUGGCCAUCUCUGGAAUGGCCUCGGCCAACAUCUCCUUCUACUUCACCACCGGCGCCGAAAUCCACUGGCACCAGGCCCACAACGUCGGCAGCGACGCUGCUGCGAUUCGCACACUCCUGUCCGGCUUGACGGGUUUCCUCAUCGUGGAGGUUCUCAUCGUCGUCGGGGCCUAUUUCUCCUGCAACCUCCUCUACAACGCCACCGGCGCUGUGCUGCACAUCCUCGGUUCCUCGCUGAAGCUGGUCGUCUGCUGCUGGCGCCGCAAGCGCCCCGAUCCCGCCGCUUUCGAACGUAUCGAGUGUCAGGAUUAUCGCGACGACCAAAACAACGGCGAGGAGGUGGUGGACGACGAUAAGAGUGAGGAUUUCCUCCUGGACGGACACGUGGACGCCUCCGAAAAGACCGCCGUUUCGCUGCUCAAGCGACUCUUGGUUCUCUUCCCCAUGACUGUCCUGUUCGUUCUGCGCUGCGUCCGUCCUCCCGACCCGGCCUUUUUUUUCCUGUCGUGGUCCAUCCCUCUGGCCCCCUUGGUUGACGGUCGGCCUCAUCGCGGCCCGCCCGUCGAAGUCAGCGGAUUGAAGGGUUCUUAUGGCUGGCUCACCAACCAGACUGCUUUGACCCCCCCCGUCACCCUGGACUGGUUACCCAACGACCGUGUCGUGCCCGGAUUCGCGGACUGGGCGCCCAGUUUGCUUGCCAACGCUACUGAGCCGCCGUUGCACUACAACCCCACCGAGGAUCCCAUUCACAUCUCCAACCUGCACCACGACGUCCUCGAGCCGUUGCGAGGAGCCCUGCGCAGCGGUGAGGUCAACAUCAAGCACAUCAUCUUCAUCAAGCUCGAAAGCACCCGCGCCGACGUCUUCCCUCUGCGGGAGGAUGGUUACAUCUGGGAACGCAUUCUCGAAUCGUACGGUGGUGAAAUCCCCGACGCAGCCAAGGAACGCUUGUUGAAAAUCGGCCGCAAUGCCGAACGCCUGACCGGUUUCCCUGCCGCCCUUUCCAAGAAAGAUGGCCCACCCAAGCCGUAUGGUGGCAUCAGCGCGCGCGACGCCUAUACCGCCGGCACCUAUACCCUCAAGAGUGUGGUCGGCAGUCUCUGCGGUGUGACUCCUUUGGUUGCCGAUUUCAACCGCGAGUAUCAGCAACACAUCUACCAGCCCUGUCUGGCCCACGUCUUUGACGCGCUCAACACCCAAAACAACGACACCGACCCCGAAGACUAUACCACCUGGCCCUGGCAUUCCAAGUGGAUGCAGUCCGUCACCGAAACGUACGACCACCAGGAUGACCUGACCCCCAAGAUGGGAUACCACGACAUCACCGACAAGGAGUCGCUCAAUCUGACGGGCGUUGAAGAGGUCAACUAUUACGGAUAUGCGGAUAAUGUCCUGCAUGACCGUAUCCGAGAAGCUCUGGACGAUGCUGAGCAGAACCAUCGCCGCCUGUUCUUGACGCACCUAACUGGAACUACUCACCACCCGUGGGGUAUGCCGGGCGGCAAGUAUGAGGACCUUCUCGGUUCGAAUUGGAAUAACGACAACAUGAACCGGUAUCUCAACACCAUCGGUUUUGCUGACGGUUGGUUGGGAGAGAUUAUGGACAUGCUGGAGGAGAAGGGAGUUGCCGAUGAAACACUGUUGGUCAUGGCUGGUGAUCAUGGUCUGUCGUUGCCAUAUGACAACGGGAUCACUCCCUAUGACAACCCCCGCGUCGGAAACUUCCAUGUCCCCCUUGUUCUUGCACACCCGAAACUGCCGGCCGUUCCCAUCGAAUCUCCGGUCAUCAACAGCCAGAUCGCCCCCACUGUCCUUGACCUGCUGAUCGAAUCUGCUUCGCUCGGAGAUGAUGCUCGUCACGCCGCCGCUGAUGUCCGAGCCCUGUACGAAGGUCAGUCCAUGAUUCGACCUCUGACUCGCGAAGAGAAGGGCAGGCAAGAUUGGCAGUUUAGCGUCAUGAACACUGGUGGUUCGUGGCUUUCUGUCCGGUCCGCAGAUCAACCCUACCGUCUGGUGAUUCCCCUGAUCAACGAUGUUGAAUGGCGAUUCAGCAACAUGGCGAUCAACCCUCACGAGGUCUCGCCGGUAAUCAAGAGCUUCGACGUCGAUCAAUUGGCGAUGGAAGUCGAGCGGAUUCACGGGCCUUUUGCCUUCAAAUGGGUGGGCGAGGCUGCUCACGUCGCCCAGUGGUGGGUGUCUGAGAACUGGCGACGAUACCGGUUUGAUCCGGACCAACCGGAUAAGCCUCACGAGUGA